AUCUGCUUAAAAUUGGCAACAGUGCAACAGUGCAACAGUGACGCCUAGCGAGGAUCAGAAUGAUUGCACAAACAGUUUCCAAGAUGGCGGCGACUCCAUCAGCUUGGCGAAUUUUGCUGUGAGAUUUUGAUUAAAAAUAUCACUUAAGGUAUUGCUGCGGUCGAGCGGUGAGCUAUCACCAUGCCAACAGAAGCCGCUGCCCAAGGGUUUUCCCGCCCGAAGCCCAAGCGCGGGAAGAGCCUUUCGCUGCGCCGAACGCACAGUUCCACCGAAGCCGACCGCGAGAACCCCCGGCAUGGAAGUUUCACCGUGGAGGUUCAGGAGAGCGUGUUGCCGCCACACCUUCGAGCGCGACUCUGGGACCUGUUCCAGCAAAUUGAGAGAGAGGUGGAGGUGGUGUACGCAGAAAACCUUGCACUUCAGGAGAAGGUAGAGGUCCUGACUGAGAGACUUGAGGCUGGCACCAGUGAUAAAGCAAUUGGGGAGGAGUCGCUGGAUGGAACAGUCAAGGCUAAUAUUGCAAAGAACAAGUCAUCCAGUCAACUUUCACAGAAACUGAAAACCACUUACAAGGCCUCCACUAGCAAGAUGCAGCACCGCCUUCAGCAGUCCAUCGCGCCGGUUCGCGCCAGGCUCGACACUGUGUCCGGUGCCUCGAUUGUGUCCAGCUUCAAACCGGCCAACACCAGCCAGUGCCAGAUGGUGCGAAGGUUUGUAGGUCACCGUGACGGAGUUUGGGAGGUCAACAUCUCCCGUACCAAACCACACGUCCUGGGCACGGUGUCAGCUGAUCGUACAGCUAAGCUGUGGUGCAUGGCUACAGGACAGUGUGUACUGAACUACGUCGGCCACAGUGGAUCGGUCAACUCCAUCAGGUUCCACCCAAAUGAUCAACUGGCUCUGACAGCUUCUGGUGACCACACGGCCCAUGUCUGGAGAUCUGCUGUAGUUCUACCUCAGGUUCCACCGGAAGGAAAUCCUCUUUUGUUUUCUGGUGUGCAGCGCUCCUCCGAUGACGACCAGAUUGAGGGAGCAGAGAAAGAAGAGGGAGAAGCUGCAUCUCAUACAGAACCAGGAGACUCCUCAGACUUUGCUCCCGCAGUUGUGAGAAGUCCGCUCACAGAGUUCACAGGUCACACAGACGUGAUCAUCGCAGCUGAUUGGAUGGCAGAUGGGAAGCAGGUGGUGACGGCAUCAUGGGAUAGGACAGCCCAGCUGUACGACUUGGAGACAACAGAGCUGGUGCACUCACUCACAGGCCAUGACCAGGAGUUGACCAACUGCUCGACCCACCCCACCCAGCGUCUGGUCGUGACCUCCUCCAAGGACAGCACCUUCCGUUUGUGGGACUUUCGUGACCCAUCCAUCCAUUCUGUCAACGUGUUUCAGGGGCACACUGAUACUGUGAACUCUGUGACCUUUACGAGUGGCGACAAUGUUGUGAGUGGGAGCGACGACCGGACCGUGAAGGUCUGGGACCUGAAAAACAUGCGGUCUCCCCUAGCAACCAUCAGAACUGACUCUGCCAUCAACCGAAUCUCAGUGUCCGCUCUGCACAAGGUCAUUGCCAUCCCCCAUGACAACCGCCACAUCCGCCUGUUUGAUCUGCAGGGCGUCCGUCUGGCCAGACUGCCACGCAGCAACAGAACGGGUCAUCACCGGAUGGUGUGUGGCACGGCGUGGUACGACGAGAACCCCAUGUGUAACCUCUUCUCCUGUGGGUUCGACAGACAGGUGAUCGGAUGGCAGAUCAUAACAGCGGUAGCGUAAACAGCGCGAGAAGGAUCUCCAGUCAGCAGAAUGACUUUUCUGGUAGCCCAACGUAACUUUGUUAGGGUUUGAGCAAGAAAUUACAGUUUGGUAAGUUGUGGAAA